AUGGCUUCCAGCGCAGCAGCAGACGAUACAGUGGGAGUCGAUGGCAGUACCAACGGUCACGAGGACGUCAUCGAUGUUUGCAUCGUUGGUGCCGGCCCAGCUGGCCUGAUGCUCGCAGUCCUGUUGAGUCGAUAUGGUAUCAACAUAGAUGUUUUGGACGAGCGCCCCAGUCAGACUUCAGCAGGUCGUGCUGAUGGUCUGCAACCAAAGUCCAUCGAAACCCUACGGAUGUUGCAACUAGCCGACCCCCUAUUGCAAAAAGGGGUUCGCAUACACGGUAUCUGCUUCUGGAAAUCAACCAAGGUUGACUCUUUGAAGCGCAUAGGUCGCGAGGUUCAUUAUUCUGCCGACGUGGUAGAUCUCCAGGAUGACUUCAUACUCCUGGUACAUCAGGGCAUGGUUGAGGACGUGUUCCUCGACGACUUGUGGAAACGUGGUAUAAAUGUCAAAAGAAGGCACCAUUUCGAGUCGUUCAACAUGAAGAACACGGAUGACCCCAUGGUAGUUCACUACUCAGUUGGUAAUGAUGGAGAAAAGGGGUCGAGAUUGACCCGAUAUGUCGUUGGAUGCGAUGGCGCGCGUUCAAAAGUGCGAGGCUGCAUUCCAGACACUCACUCGGUAGGGAAGUCCCAUGAGUCGGUCUGGGGCGUUCUGGACGGCGAGCUCGUGACGGACUUUCCAGAUAUAUGGUGCAAGUCCGUUGUCUACAGUGAGGAGCAUGGUUCGAUCCUCAUUAUUCCGCGAGAGCGGAACAUGACACGAUUUUAUAUCGAGAUCAAAGUCGGGAAUGAGACAGGAGAGCUUCGUGAACUAGGGCAAGAGUUUGUGAUGCAACGAGCCAAGCAUAUUCUUGCCCCGUAUUCCGUCGAAUGGCGCACUGUCGAGUGGUUCGGUAACUACCAAGUCGGCCAACGAGUAGCUGCUCGAUUCUGCGAUCCCCUCCAAAGAGCGUUCAUCGCAGGAGACGCGAGUCACACACAUUCUCCUAAGGCAGCCCAGGGUAUGAACACAAGUAUGCACGAUAGCUGGAAUUUGGCGUGGAAGUUGAACUUCGCUCUUAGGGGCUUAGCUAAGCCUAUUCUCCUGGAAUCAUACGAGCUCGAACGCCGUAAGAUUGCCCACGAUCUCAUCAACUUCGACUACGAACAUGCGAAUCAGAUUGCCGGAGGUGAUGCGAAAGCUCUAGCUGAGAACUUCCGCACAAAUGUGCGAUUUAUUUCCGGGGUUGGAGUUGAAUAUGACCAGAACGUGCUUAACCACCCUGUGAUAGCAAGGAGAGGUACACUGAUGGAAGGAUGUUUGGUCCCUCCGGCCAAAGUCACUCGCUACAUCGACGCGAAUCCCGUUGACAUACAACUUGCUAUUCCGAUGCUAGGCCAGUUCAGGAUUUAUCUGUUCGUGUCAGAUGUAAUUGAGAGCAAAAGUUUCCUGGAGUCGUGUUGCGCGACAAUUUCGAAGGAACAUUCUUUUAUCAGCCGUCUUAGUGUGGCAGCGGCUGCAAGCUACAAGAGAUCCCCGCGUCGUUCAGCCCCCGACGAUAUCUAUUUGCAGACUCAUCGGUAUACGUCUGUGAGCGAGCUGAUGACGUUCUCACUUGUCACGACGAUGGAAAAGUCCAGAGUCGAGAUAAAGGAUCUACCUCAACUGCUUGCUCAGAGCGCUUGGACAUUCUAUCUUGACGACGUUCCGCACUUGGACACACGUAAAAUGACAUGCACUUCGAAAUGGGUUGGUGGACUAACGCCAGGCGAGGUAGCAAUAGUGAACGUUCGACCUGAUGGGUACGUGGGCUCCAUUGGAAGAUUUAACUCGCUCGAUGAAGGGGCUGGCGAUGAUGCUGCGAAAUGGCUUAAUGUUUAUUACGAAGGCUUCCUGCAAGUGCCGAAUGGUAUAUAA